AAUAUAAACCUGUCAUUUGAAUUACAGCCGGCACUAUUGUGUUGAGUGAGAGCUGCUGUUAUAGAAAAUUAAUCAAGACCUUGUGAGCAAUUAGAUUCAAGAAUUCAUCAGCACUGUGGACAUCCAUCCAUCCUCUGUACUGCCUAUCCUACACAGGGUCCCGGGGUGUCUGGAUCCUGUCCCAGGGAACUCAGAGCACAAGGCGGGACACACACACACGCACGCACGCAUGCACGCAUCACUGUGCUCUCAUCAACUGGAGGCUAGAGCCUGGAGAUUGCUUAGGAUGGUACCGCUUGAAGUACCAUGGAAAAGGUUUUGGACCUCAAUUCCACAUGGACAAUCUCGCUGUGGUUGCUGCUAUGGCCUUGAGACUGCAAUUACCACAUGCAGUUUUGCCCUCAGGUCUCCUUGGUGAACAGUGGACUAGUUCAACAAACAGACUUCAUGUUAAAACCAUAAUAAACUUUCUUUUACUUUCACACUAUCUGUUGUUACCCAGAUGAGGGUGGGUUCCCUUCUGAGGCUGGUUCCUCUCAAGGUUUCUUCCUUUUAUCAUAUUAGGGAGACAAUGUCCAUUGUUAAAAGUACUAUACAAAUAAAAUUGAAUUGAAUUGAAUUGCAUUGAACCGUGCACAGCGACUUGAGUGGAUGGAUUUUGCUUGUGUGCGAUUGCUUUAGACUUCCGCAUCAGGCUUGGAUGCAGCUAAUUUAGUCUGAAAUGAUCCAAACAUGAAAAAAAAAAGAAAGAAAAAGAAAAAAAAAAUCCAAAACAGUACAAUGUGCGUGGUAAUGUGUAAUUCAUAACCACGUUGUUAUUCUCACUUAUAUGAGGAGCUGACCCUCUUAAGUAAAGGCUGAAGCCGCGAGUGACUUAACUUUAGCAAACAGUAGCAUAGUAGCUUAGUUAGCUCGACAAGCUUUUUAGCUUGAGAGCUAGUUUUGACAGUCAUGUCAUCGGAAACUGUUCUCACUGUGCGCCUGGUUCGCUCUUUUGAACAUCGAAACUUCAAGCCAGUGGUGUUCCGAGGUGUGAAUGUAGAUCAGAAAGUCGAGGAGUUUAUUGCUUUUGUAAAGAAAGACGUUUCUACCAGAGCUGGUUUGCCCCCACCUUUUAAGAAACAUGACUAUGACACCAUGAAGAUAAUUCAUCAAGCACAUGGAGCAAAGACUAAUGAACUGGUGAUGAGUUUAGAGGAUGAUGAAAAGCUGAUUCUACAAAAUGGGCUCAAUUUACGAGCAUGUGGUAUAGCCAAUGAAACAGAGCUGGCCUUCUUCAAGUUGAGUGACUAUGAAAAGUAUAAGGCCAAUCCCCAGACUGUGUGGUGAGACACAGUAAAGUGGCAUGUGUAAGGGAAUUCUGAUGUGUUUUUAUUUAGAGGAAGCAGUGCAACAUCCAGAACGGCUUCACAUCUACCUGCGCUUACAUUUUUCCAGGAUCAGCCGGACCAAAAAUUGUGUUUUAAUUUCACUCCAGUUUUUUCAAGCCAGUUUAAAAAAAUUCACUUUGUCAGCAGACUUUAUUUUCAGACAGACAUGAUUUAAGGUUCCAUAAGUUUAAUAGACAGACAUGAUUUAAGGUUCUAUAACAAAUUUAAUAGAGGAGAGUUUUUUUGUAUAGCUUUCACAAUUUCACAGAAAUGUAUACAUUGACAUUAUACAUUAACAGUAUUUACCAGUAUAAAAAAUGAUGGGGUUACAUGCAUUAUGAUGUUUCAAGUUUUAAUACCACCUGUUUUCUUUUAAUUUCUUAUCAGACAGUGGUGCAUGUGACUGAAAUUGUGUUUAUUAAAUAAAUCUCAUUAAAACUCA